AAUCGUGAUUAUGACAGUCGUGACUGACAGUAAAUAAAAAGAUGUAAACUAGGUCAACAGAAAGAAAUAAACAAACGUUGAUCAAUUUUGAUCAAUUCUAGUCGGAGUUUAGUAAUAAAUAAUAUAAAAUGGAUCACCGUUCAGGAUUAGUAAAUAUUUUCAGUGCAAUUAGAAGUCUACCACAGGGUCAUGAUAAGCCAGUUAAACAAGCUCUCUAUAAUACUGUGGCUCUUUUUUUGUUAAUUGUAUGUUGUGCUGCAGGAUGUGCGUUAUACAUAAUAUUCCAGUCUUUUGUGAAACCGUUAAUGUGGGCUUUAUUAGUUGGAUCAACCCUACAUCCGUUAAAACGUUCUUUAAGGGAUAGAUUUCAAACUUGGUUUCAGAAUUUGGAAAUUAACAACACUCCUAUCGUUUUUGGAGUUAUUUUAGUACCAGUGAAUAUUGUGAACGAUAUUUCAGAUUUUAUCGGAAAACAUUUAUGGAAACGAUUAAAGUUGAUAAUAGUUAUUGGCAUAAUAGUACCUAUAAUUCUUCUUAUUUACCACUAUACUCCGAAAAUUAUAGUUAAAAUAUUAUGGCGAUUUGUACUUCUUACAUUUAGAACAAUCAAUUGUUUCAUAGAUGCGUCAUCAAUAUGGAUAGUAGGGCUUAUUUUGAUCGCAUACAUUUCUAUGGUAUUUCUUCUUUGGAGAUGUGACAAUAAUAAAAAGUUUCAUUACUCUUCCAUAGUUAUUUGGAUCUUCGGUUCCAGUUGUUUGGCCAAACAAUUUGGCUACUACCAAUUACCCGUUUUUAUAUUAUUACAGAUAGUCAUUUUUGGAGGUUUUAUAUCUGAAGUUUAUGAACAUUAUAAAACAAUGAAAGAAAGUGGUCAGCCUAUAACGUUACCUGAAUCUUUAUCUCAAGUUUUUCACGAGAGUCACGUAAUUGAGGAAGAAAUCAUUGAUAGUGGUAAAGAAGAUGUAGAAGAAGAUGAUAUUGUUACAUUACCUGAAGAAAAGAAAGAGGAAAUGAAGAGUAUUAAAGAUAAGUCUAAAGAUCCUCUAUCUUUAGAUCUUUUUGAAAGUACAAAUCCUAUAAUCAAUCAAAAACCAAAACUUUUAAAAAGGUCUUUAUCUCAACCUUACUUUUCUUCUAAAAUUAUUGGAGAUUCUGCUUUAAGAUUUGGGAAAAAAAUUUCCUAUUCCCAUACAAGUUUGAUAGAUACUGAAAGUUGCAGUAGUACUUUUUAUCUAAUUACAGUAAUGUGGGCUUGUAUAGUGAUGUUUUUCUGGAAAAAUCUUAUGUUUCUUCUACUUCUUCCAUUUCCUAUUUUAUAUUACAUUAUUAAGCACUUGGGUUAUUAUAUUGGUCUGUGGAGUUACCUAUAUGAAAAAGUCUGUGAUAUUUUUGAAAAAAUAGCAUCUUGGUGUCACGAGAGACACGAUGCUUUAGUACCUGUGCCUAUAAGAGGCUUAUACAACAUCAUUCACAAACUGAAUUCGUUUCUAAAAAAUGCUGUGAAGAAUGGUAUAGAUACAGUAGCAAGUUGUGUUGUGAUUUUUGGUUUAAUCAUUUUUCUAAUUUGCACAUCGGUUUUUAUAGCUUUUCAAAUAUACGCUGAAGCUAUAAUGCUUGUUGAAAUGACCGGGUCUCUUAUAAACCAAACUAUAGUUCAUAAUCCAGAAAUAAAACAAUUGUUACCUCCUUCUUAUUAUAACGUUGACGCAUUUUUAGAUAACACUUAUAAAUACGGAAGAGAAGGGAUUUCGCAUAUUGUGAAAGGUUCAAUGUCAAAUGUCGACAGUACCGAAUCGAAGCAAUUAGAAAAACAAAUUUUGGAAUUAUGGGAUAGAGUGUAUCAAAAUUGGAUGUCCUCUAACGAUACACACGGUCCUAAAGUGACUGAUGAAGCCGUUAUACUAACUUGGAAUGAUUUUAUUGAAAACUUACAAAAAUCACCAGAGAUGUUCAAUAUAAAUGGUUUAAUCGAAUUCGGGCAACAAAAUAUUGGUACUUUGAUGUCUUUAUUAGAAUCCGUUCUUGGUAUUUUGAAAGGAAAUAUUAGUUUGAUCUUCGGAUCGUUUACCACUUUAAUUACUGUGAUACUAGAAGGGGGUACUGCAGUAAUAAACUUUUCUAUAAGUUUGGUAGUCUUUUUCACAGCUUUGUUUUAUUUGUUACAUUCUAGCGGUGAUCAUUACAAACCUGUUGAAUUGUUAACAAACUUUUCACCAAGCGGUAUGCGUUUGGGACAUGCUCUAGAAGGUGCAAUUAUAGGAGUCUUUUCGGCUACUUUUAAAAUGACCGCUUUCUAUGGAAUGUGGACUUGGUUUAUCCACAAUUUAUUUGGAAUUAAAAUUGUUUAUUUACCCACGGUUUUUGCCGCUAUUUUAGGCGCUGUACCGUUUCUCGGUACCUAUUGGGCGGGCGUUCCGGCUAUACUAAAUCUUUGGUUAGCUCAAGACCGUGGUAUAGAAGCUAUAAUAUUUGCAGUGUUUCAAGUUCUUCCCACUUCCGUAGUCGAUACAACUAUAUAUAAAGAAAUCAAAGGUGGUGGUCAUCCCUAUCUAACAGGUCUAGCUAUAGCUGGUGGUAUAAUCUCUUUAGGUAUAGAAGGAGCUAUUAUAGGACCGAUGUUGUUGUGUGGACUUUAUGUUGCUAUAGAUCUGUCUUCUACGUUGUUUAAAGAAACGCCAUCGGAAGAAGUUAUUAAUUUGAGGUUAAGACAGUUGCAGAAUACUUGAUGGUUUCCUUUCCAGCUUGGUUUUUAUUAAAACAUUUUGCACUCGCUUUUUGAACGGAGCACAGUUGUUAACAUUUAGAUUGAUUCGUUUUAUGUUAGGUCGAGAAUUUAACACGUUGACUGCCGUAAUAAUUACAUAUUUAAAAUAAAAGUCUAUAUAACAGUUUUUAUUCAUUUAAUGUCGUUGAUUUUGUUCUCAAAAUAAUUGGAAUUAUUCACAAUAAUUGAAAUCAUUCAAAACAAAUUAAUAACUACAGGAAAUUCUGGAUUCGCUGGAAAUUUGUUGUGCCACUUUUUUUUAUACGAUAUUAAAGUUUCUACAAAUUAUAAGCCUAAUUGAGUACAAGAAUUCUUAAAGAAACUAAAUUUGAGUAUAUAUUUGCAAAAUAAAAGAACUUCUAGUAUUUUUUAUGUUUAGACUAUGAAAAAUUUAUGCAUCAAAACACUAUCAACCGAAAUAUGAUUUUAUCUAUGAAAUUAGAAGAAUUCCAUCUGACAUUUCACUAUUUCUUCUUCUCUAAAAUUAUUUAUGGCCUUUCUAAAGUCAAAUUAUUGGGAUUUUACCUAAUCCACUAUUUCCGAUCAUUCAUCUUCUGUAUUGUUUUCCCCCUUCCUUUUUUUGGGUCUUUCUUUUCAUAUUUCUCUUUAGUUUCUGUCAAUACUUAUAUUAGGCUUUGAACAUUCGAAAAAUUUGCUUUUAGAGAAUCUGAUUACUUCUACAUUCUAUUAUUUCCCAUUAAUAUAAUUAAAUAGAUCAAAUUUAUGCGCAGAGCUAACUGAAGCGUUUGGAGAAGAGAGAGAACAAUACACCAUAUAGAAAUAUUACAUAUACAUAGCUUUGUUUGCAGAUCAAAUUCCGAAUCAUUUUAGGACCGAUCGCAUGCGCACUUUCAAAAUUGUCGUUACAACGGGGGUGGAGUCAUCGACUCGUGAAGGACAAUUUUAAUAGUGCGCAUGCGAUCGGUCCUAAACCAAUUCCGAAUUUGAUCCGCAAACAAAGCUUAUAUUUUGUGUAAACUAAUUUACUCUCAUCCAGGAACUCCUUUUAAAGAAAGUGAUGCCUUUUCAGGAUGGUGCUGGUAAAUUAUUUUUUAAGUAAGUCUCGAAAAAAUUGCUUUCAGCACACCCUGAAAUACCUAAUCACAGAAAAAAAAAUGACAUUAUUUUCAAUCUUAUAAUUUCCUAUUUUCAUAGAUUUUAUGAACAACCUUGUAUAACCGUGUAUAAAAAUUAAAGUUCGGCAUUAAGUUUCCAAUUUGACUCUUUGUAUAUUUAAGUAGAAUGAUCUGAAGCAAAUAAUUGAGAUGUAAAAUGAAUUUCACAUAUUUGUGUAUUAUUUUGUUAACUGAUGAUAAAAGAUUUUUAUGUAACCCUUUGAAUUUUGGCUUUUAUUGAAAUUUUUAUAUUAAAUUUGAAUAUAUUCGAUUCUAUUAUAUUCAAAUUUAAGUCCAUUUAAUUGCACAUAUGAUAAGUUGUUGCAGUGGCGUAGCGUGGAUGUUAGUCAUAAAAAACCCUCCCCCAUGCGAUACUGUCAAAAAUCAUACCAAUAUUUGGCAUUUGAGACACAAGCAAAAAUCAAUUCAUUCAACUUUUUUUGCUUUUUUAUCAAGUUUUAUGUUUAUCUAAAUAUUCCAUACAUGUAUGUAUAGUUUCUACAAGUAGAAGCUGCUCCGACUAAGGAAGACAGAAUGGUAACUAUUUCUCUAUCCUCCGAGGUUAUACGCAUUCUGAACCAUGCGCACUAUAAAGUACCACAAACUAGAAAGUGAAUAUUGUCGGCAUUGUAACGUAGGGACGUUGUUUCCCAUACCUUUUUAUUUUCGGUUUUCUCCGACAUGUAACAAAGUUUGGAUGGAAAAAUUCCAAUGAUAUACCACUGCGUUGUUAACAUAUUUACUUGUUUUUUUUUGAAUACUUUUUUAUACUUAUUUAUUAUAUAAACAGUUGCUUUAUUAAUUAAAAUAUAUUUGUUUUGUUGCUUUGAAACCAUCUGAAAAAAUGCUUGAUUUCGAAAAAUAAAAAUUUAGAAAAUU